AAAAAUGAUAUCAUUUGUUCAGUUAGUUGUUCAAAUUCGUGAAAUCUUCCAACAGAAAUUGAUAGAUGUUGACGAAGUGAUGAAGCUGAUGGCUUCAUACAAAAGCAACGCAAAUGAGUGGCGAAGAUUUGCCAUUUUCGAUAUGAACAAAUACACAAGAAACCUAGUGGAUGUUGGAAAUGGAAAGUACAACUUGAUGAUUUUGUGUUGGGGCCCCGGUAUGGCUAGCAGUGUUCACGAUCAUACUGAUGCUCAUUGCUUUGUGAAAAUUCUUGAUGGAGAGCUCACUGAGACCAAAUAUGCCUGGCCAAGAAAACGACACGUGCCACUUGAUAUUUCAGAAAAUAAGACUUAUGGAAUGAAUGGAGUUUCCUAUAUGAAUGAUGAGCUUGGUCUUCAUAGAAUGGAAAAUUUGAGUCACUCAAACGGAGCUGUCUCUCUUCACUUGUACAUCCCUCCAUAUAGUACUUGCAAUGCAUUCGAUGAGAGAACCGGAAAGAAAACGCAAUGCACCGUCACAUUCUACUCAAAGUACGGCAAGAAAGUUGACUACAGAGGAUCUAAGAAUGGCAAUUAAACAACAUAUCCCUCAAUGUAAUAACGUGUUGAUUCUUUAUUAUAAUCUUCAUUAACAGACAAGUGUCAGCAUAUGGUUCUUGGAAUGUAAUUGUUGAUUUUUCUUCAGUGUGAUAUUACGAUCCUGUAGAAGUCGGAUCACAUCCGGUCUGCAAAAAAUAUAACUGUGAUCUUGAAAAAUUGUGUGAUUUUGUUGCAAUGAAUUAUUUCGGUGGUA